AGCAAUUAAAAUUCAAGUGAAUAAGUGUUGUUGGUAUCUAGUAGUUUGAGAUACAAAACUCAUUAAAAUUUAGGAUCAUUGAGAAUUAGAUAGAUUAAAAAUCCAUCUGAAAAUAAUAAGGCAUUUUCUGAAUUAGAUGAGGUAGAAGAAGAUUUAAAUAGUGAUCAUAAAGCAAUUAUAAUGACUGAUGGAAUGUAUGUUGAAGAAGAAAGUAUAUAUAUUAUUAAUUAAAUGAUAUAGUGACACCAAGAUAACCAUGGUAUUAUAAAUCAGCUUUGCCUUAAUAAUUGAGUAAUAAAACUGAAUCUAAGAAUUGGGAGUUUGGAAGUGAAAGAAAAAGAUUUAAAAGUAAACCAUCAUUAGCAUCAUUUACAUCUAAUUCAAGUUGUUUAGGAGGAUGUACAAUGACAUUAAAAGAAGAAUUUUAAAAUAUCUAAUAAUCUUAAUAAAGUGAACAAGUAAUUGAAGAUGAUGAAUUCAAAGAAAAAGAUACUGAAAUUAAUAAUAGUUAUGAAAUUGCAUAGUUAGUAUAAUAGGAAUAAAUCAUAUCAGAUUCAACUAUUUUGAUUAAUAGAAAACAUAAAUCCGUUAAAUUUGUUGAUCAAAAUUUAACUGAAAAGUAAGUAUUAUUAUUUUAUAUAUCUAGAAAGAGUAAUUCUAUUAAAUAUUUUGGAUUAGCUAUUUGUUCUAUUGGUGUUCUUUGUUGGGGUGCUAAAAAAAUAUAUUAAAAGUACUGUUGA